UUAUAACACGUGAUGCCAACAUAAGUUUCCAAAACCCCAACUUCAAAAGAACAUCAUUCACCCCAGGAUAUCGAGGCUCAUCUUCUCUUUAUUUUCCUUCCGUUCUUAAAUCUGUCUUCAAUCCUACAUACACCAAACCACAGGAUCUCACAAUCCAACUUACCAAAAUGGCACCAUCAAAAACCCCUAUCGGUAUCCGGAUGUCCGUCAUCUACACAAUCUAUUUCCUCUAUUUCGAAGCCCCAAUGGCCGCACUAGGGACAUAUCUCAUUGCCUUCGACCCAAUUAAAUUCCUUCAGGGAACAGUCCCAACGGCCGCUAUGAUUUUCGAUGAAACAUACAAGAUUGAACCGUUGACUAUGAUGAUGAUGACUAAUAUUGGGGCCUUGUACCUCUUGUUUGCCAUCUUUGAGGGUGCGGUUUUGAGAGUAACGAAGGAGAAGAUUGUUUGGAAGACUGUUUUGGCGGCUAUGGCUGUGUGUGAUAUUGGACAUUGUUAGUUUACCCCCGCUUCUUUUAAUAUUGUUCUUCUAGGCGAAUGGGAAAAGCUAACAUUUGCGACUUGGUAGUGUAUGCGGUCUAUGCUAUUGCUCCAGCUCAUGCAUUUCAGGUUUUGGCAUGGAACAGCUAUGAGUGGAUCAAUUACGGAACUCUAGUGAUGGGUCUUCUCCUGAGAGUCUCUUUCUUGUUGGGAAUUGGACGAAACUAAAAAUUGGGAUUCAGAGGCUGUAAGUUAGGAGUAGUGGCCAAAAUCUGUGGCAAAGGAAAGUCUUAUUGGUAGUUUGCUUUGGGUAUCAGGGAAAGGUUUUGGCGCUUCCACUGCGAAGAAGUGAGAAGAUAAGCGUGGUGGUUUGCGAUGUUCAUUAAAUGAAACUAGGUUUGUAGAAUAUGGAGCGUAGUGUUUUGGCUAUGUAAAGUAUAAUGAAGGUCUUAAAGAA